UCUCUUUAUCCGGUCCGCUCGUUAUUGGACGAGCUCCCUUUCUCUUCUCUGUUUCUCUUCUAGGGUUAGGGUUCUUACUGUUUAAACAUUUCCUCUAAUCAACCAUGUCGACUAGCAGGAAAAUCACUCUGAAGAGCUCCGAUGGAGAGACUUUCGAGGUCGACGAGGCUGUGGCCUUGGAAUCGCAGACUAUUAAGCACAUGAUCGAGGACGAUUGUGCCGAUAACGGGAUCCCGCUUCCCAACGUGACCAGCAAGAUCCUCUCGAAGGUUAUUGAGUACAGCAAAAAGCAUGUCGACGCUGCAAAGGCCGAGGAGCGCCCGGCAAAUGCUGACGAUGAGCUCAAGGCUUGGGACGCCGAAUUCGUCAAGGUCGACCAGGCCACCCUCUUUGAUCUCAUCCUGGCUGCCAACUAUCUCAAUAUCAAGAGCUUGCUGGACCUUACUUGCCAGACGGUGGCAGAUAUGAUCAAGGGAAAAACACCAGAGGAGAUCCGCAAGACUUUCAACAUCAAGAAUGACUUUACACCAGAGGAAGAGGAGGAGGUUCGUCGGGAGAACCAAUGGGCUUUUGAGUGAAGGACAUGAAGUGAAGAAAAAUGUAUUUGUACUGUUUGUUCCAUUCAUUUGGUGUUGGAAAUGGAUGGCUGUUUCCAUAAUGUUGACUUGUGUAAAACUCCUUAGUACUGGUUAAAUUCCUGCGCUAGGGCUCUCUUUUGAAAAACAACUGCUAUUCUCCUCCGUGGUGCUCGUGCUCACCCCAAAAACUGGUCGAUUCUGAUGUUCCUUGGAUCUCUUUAAUUAUGUUAAUAUGGUGGUAUAUGUUGUCCCUUUAUCUGU